UACACUGAUAUAAUAUAUCUUAACACCAGUGGGCAGAUAGCCGGCUAGCUAAUGUGAGCUAGCUUGCGUCUUCGCUAACAAUUGGAUUCUACUGGAAAUGGUCCAAGUGGUUCUUUUAAAACCAAAAAUCGGGGCGGCACGGUAGCUCGGAGGGUAGCACUGUCGGCUCACAGCAAGAAGGUCUUGGUUCUAUCCACAGGUAGUCGCCCUCAUGUGCCCAUGGAGAAAGAGGCCUUCGAGGGAUGGCUGGAGUCUGUCUCCACCUCCUUCCUGGCACUAAAUGACCAGCAGCGCAAUCAGCUGCUGGACCAUCUAAUAUCGCUGAGCGGUGCGGUCCAGCUCCGGCACCUCUCCAAUGGGCUGGAGACCCUGCUGAAGCGUGACUUUCUGCGGCUCCUGCCCCUGGAAUUGGCCUUCUACCUGCUACGCUGGCUUGACCCUCAAACAUUGCUCACCUGCUGCCUGGUGUGCAAGCAGUGGAACAAAGUAGUCAACACCUGCACUGAAGUGUGGCAGGGCGUGUCCCGAGAUCUGGGAUGGCGCAUUGACGACUCCAUCCAGGAUGCAGGAUAUUGGAAACGCGUCUAUCUGAAGGCCAAGCAUCGCAUGAAGCAGCUAAAAGAGGAGGAUGCCUUUGAGACAAGCUCUCUUAUUGGGCACAGUGCCCGUGUGUAUGCGUUAUACUACAAGGACGGGCUCCUCUGCACAGGCUCUGAUGACCUGUCUGCCAAACUGUGGGAUGUCCGCACUGGCCAGUGCAUUUAUGGCAUUCAGACACACACCUGCGCUACUGUGAAGUUUGAUGAGCAAAAACUGGUGACAGGGUCUUUCGACAACACCAUUGCAUGCUGGGAGUGGAGUACAGGAGCCAAAAUCCAACAGUUUCGCGGACACACGGGUGCAGUUUUCAGUGUGGACUACAACGACGAGUUGGACACACUGGUCAGUGGUUCAGCUGAUUUCACAGUCAAAGUGUGGGCCCUGUCAGCAGGUGCUUGUCUCAAUACUCUGACUGGCCAUACAGAGUGGGUCACUAAGGUGCUUCUUCAGAAAAGCCAAGUGGAGUCCAUGAUGCACAGUCCUGGUGAUUACAUCUUACUGAGCUCAGAUAAAUAUGAAAUCAAGGUAUGGCCUAUCGGACGAGAGAUCAACUGUAAGUGCUUAAAGACUCUGUCUGUGUCUGAGGAUAGAAGUGUGUGUCUGCAACCUCGUUUACAGUUUGACGGCCGCUACAUCGUCUGCAGUUCGGAUCUAGGGGUCUACCAGUGGGACUUUGCCAGCUUUGAUGUGCUAAGAGUCAUCAGACUACAACAGGAUCCGUCCAGUCUGUCUCUGCUCAGCUUUGGUGAGGUUUUCGCUCUGCUCUUUGAUAACCACCACCUGUACGUGAUGGACCUGAGGACCGAGGCCAUCACAGGCCGCUGGCCAUUGCCGGCCUACCGCAAAUCAAAACGUGGUUCCAGCUUCCUCCCAGGCAUAACUUCGUGGCUCAAUGGCUUUGACGGCAAGAACGACGCAGGCCUGGUGUUUGCCACCAGUAUGCCAGACCAUAGCAUUCAUCUGGUUAUGUGGAAAGAGAACGGCUAGAGAGAAAAACGCACUUCUCUGGGCUUCGUUUGACAGCAGGGACGCUUAAAUAAGGGUGCUCUUGAUCUUAAAAACUUGCAUCACACCAAGCUAGAUAUUGCAUGGACCAAAGUCUGUCUGUCGUUCUUUCUUUUUUAGUUUUUGCUGUUUGCUUCGAAGAACAAGCUGGCUCUUUCUUUUUGUCAUUAAUGGAAUCAUUCUUGCACUUUGUUGAGUGGCGUGUGUGGAAAGCGUUGGGUUUGAUUCGAUUUGUGCAUGAAGAAAACAUGUGCAAACAGUGAAUCAAGCACUUAUUUAAACACUUAAGCUCUGUUCACAGGGAUAUCCUUGGCAUCUGCAAAAAACAGUUGAGUAACUGAGAUACUGGUUUGUAGUUUGACCUUUAUUUCCCAGAUCAAUAGUAAGUACUCCAAUAGUGAUGCACUCAUUUUUCAUAUAGGCCUUUUUACUAAAGAAGUCAGUUGGCACACUGACAGUUGGCACAUGUUGUUUUUUAUUGCUAGUUUGUUAAAACAAUUCUGAAAAUUCUAAUUCACAUUAUCAAAAAUAAAACAAAAA